AUGGCUAUUCCAUUUGAUCAACAGUUUUUUGUGGAAAAGGAUAGAAAUAAUAAAUAUGAGUGGUUGAUAUUUGUAUUGACGUUCAUUGUGUUAGCUGGACAUGGGAUACUUUUUUAUUGGAUUCCACGAUACUUGCGAGUCAAUAACAAACGCAACAACUAUUUUAGACUACUUAAAGUGUGGGAUGCAUGGACGAGUUGUGUUCAUGUAUGGGGCGAUUUCUACUUUCAGCCCAGUUUGGUGUUGUUGGGAAUAUUGUUUGUUGGUCUUAAUGUUGGGUUCUGCUUUGCAGAGAUUAAUGAUUUAGAUUAUCAAAGUCGGUUUUAUAUUAUUUCCAAGAGAUUGCUGAAGGUGGCAGUAGGAAACUUGCCGAUUUUAUUAUUUGCUGUUAUGAAAAAUGACUUGUUGACAUCAAUAACAGGGUUGCAACAUGAUAGAUUAGAAUUUGUUCAUAAAUGGUUGUCACGGCUUAUGUGGGUCAUGAUCACUAUCCAUAUGGGGAUGGCUUGUUACUAUUGGUUGAAUCUCAACUUUAAAAUUAUGAUUAUGAUCCCACCACAGAUAUUUGGGUUUAUGGCUUAUGGGAGUUUCAGUAUUUUGAACUGGGCUAGUUUAAAGUUUAUCAGACAGUUUGCGUAUGAUUUCUUUUUGGUGCAACACCGUAUUUUUGCAUUUAUGAUGUUGUUCUUUACAUUUAUCCACAAUCAAGGAAACAGGGCUGUGGUGUUGAUUUCGGUGCACGGGUUGGUUAUCGACAGGGUUGUUAGUAAAGUGUUUGCAUACUUGCACGCCAAAAAGUCGCCCACCAAAGGUAGAUGUACAUUCCGGAUCAUCGAUGACAGCACGAUUUCGGUGGUGAUACCUGUCUCUGAAGCUGGAUACACGUCAAAGUCUUGGUACACGAGAUUCCUCCCCAAAUACAAAACGUGGAAAGCUGGUCAGCACAUUUACUUGAAUGUGGGAAAAAUCAAAUUCUUCCAAUACCAUCCAUUCACGAUUUCUAGUCUUGCUGAAAGUGGGGAGAUGAAACUACUCAUCAGGGUUGAGCGUGGGUUUACCAGAAAACUCAUGAGACAUCUUGAGCAAGUUGAUCAUGAUGAGGUGACAAUCAAAGCUAUGUUCCAUGGUCCAUAUGGUGCUAGGUAUCAGCCGUUGAUAACUUUUGAUACGUGUCUAUUUUUCGCUGCUGGUUCGGGUGGUGCAUUUACAUUCCCAGUUUGUCUUGAUUUGUUGAACCAAAUAGAUAGACGUGAUCAGGAGGGUGAUGUUUUGUUCCGUCCAAAAAACCAGUUUAUCAAAUUUGUGUGGGCAAUCAGAAAGCAAGAUAAUAUUGAGUGGUUUGAGGAUUCGUUGAAACAGUUUGCUGGACGGUGUUCUGUUGAUAUUUAUAUUACCCAGGAAACAAAGGAAGAAUUGCCACUACAAAGAAAGAAUCUGAUCAUUGAAAUAACAAAAUCGUUAACCAACGAUUAUAAUAUUUUGUAUGGGAGACCACAAAUUCAAGAUAUAAUACAACAGCACUCUCAGCUGCUAGGAGCUAACCAGUCGAUGGCAGUUACUUCAUGUGGCUCGCCAUCAUUCACAAACUCCAUCAAACAUCAUUGUCAAAGUGCUAGAAGGGUGAAAGGUGCACCGGAAGUGUAUUGUUAUACAGAGUCGUUUUAG